AUGGCCUCCGAAGAAUUAGUGACUAUUUCAGUGACAGACGUGUAUGAUCAAGCUGCGGGAAUUGCCCAAGAAUUUGACAAGUUGAUAACAAAUUAUGGAAAUGAGUCUAUCACUGAUCUUAUGCCAAAAGUCAUAAGGACUUUAGAACAAUUAGAAAAUUUAGCUACUAAAUAUGAGAAAGAAAAUGAUGAAAUAACAGAACUGAGAUCUGUUGUAGAUAAAUUAGAGGCAGAGAAAAAUGAAAAGGCACAAGAAAGAGCUAGAUUUGAACAGGAACUAGAGAAUAUAGAAGAUAACUGGCAGUGUGAGGUUAAAGAAUUGAUAUCAAUAAAUAGUAGAUUACUAACAGAAAAUAAAAAAUUACGAGAAAACUUACAAGAUCAUAAACAGAAUGUAACAGAUAACUUAGUUAUAGAACAUAAGAGUAAGUAUAUUUCAGACAAUACAUUUCAAUACCAAAUAUAUGUGAUUUUAAUGAAAUCAUCACAAGAAAUCAAAGUAUUAAGUAAAUUAAAAGAAACAGUUGAUAAACAACGGGGUGAAUUACGUAUUUUACGUCGUGAAUUACAACAACAAUCUAUUGACUGUGAGGCACUUCAACUACAGUUAGAGAGAAUAGCUAAAGUGAACGCUGAUUUACGGCGUAAAAAUAAUCAACAAUCGAAACAUUCAGAAACUUUAAUAGAAGAACAGUCUGAACUAGCUGAAGCCUUAAAAACCAAAGAUGAACAAGUGAAAGAAAUUAAAGAACAACUGAAAAAACAAGAAAAUGAAGAAAUUGAACGAAUCGCUGCAAGAUUGAGUAUGGAAGGCAAGAUGAUAAUAGAUUUAACAGAUCCUAACAGACCCAGAUUUACCUUACAUGAACUUAGAGAAGUCUUAAUGGAACGAAAUGAAUUAAAAACUAAAUUAAUUGAAGUUGAAGAGGAGUUAAGCUUGUACAAACCAAAGUUAGUUUUUGCUUAUUUUCAUUAUUUUUUUUUUUAA